CUCCUGCUCCACUUUACUUGCGCAUUCGGCUUCUCUAAACUUUUUCAGAUCAGAAGCUUGGGGACUUUUCACGGCGGCGAUUCAGUCGGAGAAGAUGAAGAUCUUCGUGAAGACUCUCAAGGGGACUCACUUCGAAAUCCAAGUCCAGCCUCAGGACUCGGUUGUUGAUGUGAAGAAGUCAAUAGAAACUUCUCAAGGUUUGACUGUGUAUCCCGCUGCACAACAGAUGCUAAUCCAUCAAGGGAAAGUACUUAAGGAUGACACAACAUUGGAAGAAAACAAAGUUUCGGAGAAUAGCUUUGUUGUGAUAAUGUUGACGAAGAGUAAGAGCUCAUCUAGUGAGGGUUCAAGUGCGUCAACUGCGGCUACGACUAAGGCCCCACAGCCCAGUACACCUUCACCUGCUCCAACUGUGACAUCCACGACACCUCAGGCUCCUGUCUUAACGCCGGCAUCAGUUACCACACCAGUUUCUGGCCCUUCGGCAGCAACAGAGCCGGCAUCAGUUACCACGCCAGUUUCUGUCCCUUCGGCGGCAACAGAUUUGGACUAUGGCCAAGCAGCAUCUGAUCUGGUAGCUGGAAACAAUUUGGAGGGAACAAUUCAGCACAUUCUGGACAUGGGUGGAGGAACCUGGGACAGAGAUACUGUUGUACGUGCUCUUCGUGCUGCGUUCAACAACCCAGCUAGAGCAAUUGAUUACUUGUAUUCAGGUAUCCCUGAGCAACCUGAAGCUCCAGCUGCAGCUCCUACUCGUGUGAGUGGUGAAGCUGCAAACGUUUCAGCUCCCCAAUCAGCACAACCAGCAUCUGUUCCUUCAACAGGACCUAAUGCCAACCCUUUAGACCUCUUCCCACAGGGUCUUCCGAACCUGGGUGCUGCUGCCGGCGCUGGUGCCGGCACAGGUGUAGGUGAUCUUGAUUUUCUGCGUGACAGCCCACAGUUCCAAGCAUUGCGAGCUAUGGUGCAGGCUAAUCCACAUAUACUGCAGCCUAUGCUUCAAGAGUUGGGAAAACAAAAUCCUCAGCUUGUAAGGUUAAUUCAACAACAUCAAGCUGACUUCCUUCGCCUGAUUAAUGAACCUGUAGAAGGUGGAGAAGGGGAUGUGUUGGGACAACUGGAUGCAGCAAUGCCACAAGCAAUAACUGUCACUCCCGAGGAGCGUGAAGCCAUAGAACGUCUUGAAGCGAUGGGCUUUGAUAGAGCACUUGUAUUGGAGGUGUUCGUUGCAUGCAACAGGAACGAAGAAUUGGCUGCAAACUACCUCUUAGAUCACAUGCACGAGUUUGAGGAUUGAUCAAAGGUAGAUCAGUGGUUCAACCCUCUCCAUCAGAAAAGGGGGAAAAGAAGAAUCUAAGAAUCCUUCAUCUUGUGGCUUCCUACCCUUUCUCUAAUUUUAUUGCAUAUUUUCACAUUUAGCUGUUUUUGAAGUUUGGAGCGUCGGUGAUAUGGAUUGUUUAUAGGAUUGUUUAUGGUCUAAAAUGAACACGUAGUCUCUCUACCUUGUC